ACCGCGGCCGGGCGCGGCGGGGUCACCGGCGGCCUCGUCCGGACAGCAGGCGCCGGGGUUAACUGCGACCGCGGCGGCGAGCGGGAGGAGGAGCCGGGCGGGGGUGGCCGCCGCGCCUCCCCUCCCCCCCGCACACGCCGGGGCUUCUCAGUGGCCGCCGGAGGAGGAAGUUCCGCUCCCCGCCAGACCCGUGCGCUAGCAACAGCGGCGGCGGCGGCGGCGGCUGCGAGGGCGCAGGCAUUUGGGGCGCGAAUGCCCUUCGCGCCGGCCGUCGAGGGGGCAGCGGCGGAGCUCUCCCCGGAGCCAGGAGCUGCGGGCGGCGUCGGGAGGCGCGGGCGUGCGAGACCCCCUUCCCGCGACUUCGCCGGGCGCCGCCGCUUCGCUUUCUCGGCGAGGCGGGAGACCGCCCUCCUUCCCUGUUGGCCGACUUCCGAGGAGCCCCUUAUUUUUCCACCACCGAGGUGAAGAGGUCCUGGAAGUGGAGCACCAGAGGUGGUUAAGUGAGCCUCCUGCAACUCGUCGGAUCUGGGCAGGCUCCCUUUUGGGGGCGGGAGACCACAUUGGAGCAUCUCGUUGGGGUGCAGGAAUGGAAGACCCCACCUUGCAUCGUUUCUGCAGUGUUGCUUGCCUCAUCCACUCUUAGGAAUGAAGAGGAGACUUGUGAUAACCCGAUGAGGUACUGAAAACCAAAUGGCAGAGAAAAUAUCACAGAACACAAACUAGUGAUCGUGUGGGGGCCACACGUUUCUGAAUGUAAUUGGACGAGCGUGAAAGAGGUGCCCUAUUAAAAAGCACAACAGUCCUUUAAGAGGAGCAAAAUUGAGUUUUUUUUGGCCAAGAUUUUGGAGACUGUUCAAUGUAUUGUACAUUUGAUAUAAGAUGAGAACUUUAUAAUAUAUUCUGUCCAAGAGCGUAAACGAUGACUACCCCGGCCCUGCUGCCCUUAUCUGGACGAAGGAUACCACCUCUGAACCUGGGGCCGCCUUCUUUCCCACAUCACAGGGCUACCUUGAGACUUUCCGAGAAGUUUAUCCUCCUCCUUAUUCUAAGUGCCUUCAUCACCCUGUGUUUUGGGGCAUUUUUCUUCCUUCCAGACUCUUCAAAACACAAACGCUUUGAUCUGGGUUUAGAAGAUGUGUUAAUUCCUCAUGUAGAUGCCAGCAAAGGGGCUAAAAACCCUGGAGUCUUCCUGAUCCAUGGACCUGAUGAACAUAGACACAGGGAAGAAGAGGAACGUUUGAGAAAUAAAAUUCGAGCAGAUCACGAGAAGGCCUUGGAAGAAGCAAAAGAAAAAUUAAAAAAGUCGAGAGAGGAAAUUCGAGCAGAAAUUCAGACGGAGAAAAAUAAGGUAGUCCAAGAGAUGAAGGCAAAAGAGAAGAAGCCACUGCCACCAGUCCCUAUACCAAAUCUAAUAGGAAUAAAUGGUGGAGACCCAGAAGAUAAUGACAUAAGAAAGAAAAGGGAAAAAAUUAAAGAGAUGAUGAAACAUGCCUGGGAUAAUUAUAGGAUAUAUGGAUGGGGGCAUAAUGAACUCAGACCUAUUGCACGGAAAGGACACUCCACUAAUAUAUUUGGAAGUUCGCAAAUGGGUGCUACCAUAGUAGAUGCUUUGGAUACCCUUUAUAUCAUGGGACUUCAUGAUGAGUUCCGAGAUGGGCAAAAAUGGAUUGAAGACAACCUUGAUUUCAGUGUGAAUUCAGAGGUGUCUGUGUUUGAAGUCAACAUUCGAUUUAUUGGAGGCCUGCUUGCCGCUUAUUACCUUUCAGGAGAAGAGAUAUUCAAGAUUAAAGCAGUUCAACUGGCUGAGAAACUCCUUCCUGCCUUCAACACGCCUACUGGGAUUCCCUGGGCAAUGGUGAAUCUGAAAAGUGGAGUAGGGCGAAACUGGGGCUGGGCAUCUGCGGGGAGCAGCAUUCUUGCUGAAUUUGGUACACUGCACAUGGAGUUUGUCCACCUCAGCUACUUGACGGGGGACCCAGUUUACUACAAAAAGGUAAUGCACAUUCGGAAACUACUUCAGAAGAUGGAUCGUCCAAAUGGUCUUUAUCCAAAUUAUUUGAACCCAAGAACAGGUCGCUGGGGUCAGUAUCACACAUCAGUUGGUGGGCUGGGAGACAGUUUUUAUGAAUACCUACUAAAAGCAUGGUUGAUGUCAGAUAAAACAGACCACGAGGCAAGAAAAAUGUAUGAUGAUGCUAUUGAGGCUAUAGAGAAACAUCUUAUUAAGAAGUCCCGAGGAGGUCUCACCUUUAUUGGAGAAUGGAAAAAUGGGCACUUGGAAAAGAAGAUGGGGCAUUUGGCCUGUUUUGCUGGGGGAAUGUUUGCACUGGGAGCAGAUGGUUCCAGAACGGAUAAAGCUGGUCAUUAUUUAGAGCUAGGGGCAGAAAUUGCACGUACAUGUCAUGAGUCAUAUGACAGAACUGCAUUAAAGCUGGGUCCUGAAUCAUUCAAGUUUGACGGUGCAGUAGAGGCUGUGGCAGUCCGGCAGGCUGAAAAGUAUUACAUCCUCCGUCCAGAAGUAAUUGAAACCUAUUGGUACCUAUGGCGAUUCACUCACGAUCCAAGAUAUAGGCAGUGGGGCUGGGAAGCAGCACUGGCUAUUGAAAAGUAUUGCCGAGUCAGUGGUGGUUUUUCUGGGGUGAAGGAUGUGUAUUCUUCUACUCCCACACAUGAUGAUGUACAGCAGAGUUUCUUUCUUGCUGAGACACUAAAAUACUUGUAUCUGCUGUUCUCCAGUGAUGACCUUUUACCUUUAGACCACUGGGUAUUCAAUACAGAGGCUCAUCCUCUGCCUGUAUUACAUUUAGCCAACACCACACUUUCAGGAAAUCCUGCUGUUCGAUGAAAGCAGCUCCAGAAAGACCAUUCUCACCUGUAUUUUGUUUACAUGGACCACUACAGAAAUUAGUCUGGAGAGGGGGCUUUGGGAAACCUGGACCUCGUAAGUCACCAUGGCAGGGUGAAACAUGACUGUGCCCCACAGGACUUUUCAACUUGUAGAUAUCUCAACUUUGAAAUGAUUCCAUUUUAUACCUGACCAAAACAUAUUCUGGUAUGUAUAAGACAAAGACCUGGUGUGCUUGGAUUCGUAAAGAGAUGGUCACAAGGGAAAUUUUGCCUGUUACUACUAUAUUGUUUUUAGAGUUCCGGAGUCUGGAGUCUGGACUGCCUAAGAAUAAGCCAAGAAUGUGGAGCACCUUGUGGGAGUGAGAAAUGGCCUUGGGAACCAAUUCUAUAUGUGUUCCAAAGCGGAGCAGCUUUCAAAUCAAAUAUUUACUUACCGGUUCUCCCCCUUUUCUCCAUUUUUAAUAAUGGAAGGAACUAGAACAGACUGAGAACGGUGGAACUACAUCAAGAGCAAUGAAGACUGGAAAAAGAAACCCGAGUACCUGUCCCUGUUUCAAUUUUCAAGUUCCCCAUUGGACGACCAGACUGGCAACCAUUUCAGAUCCCAGUGUAUCCCAUUGAAAUUUCUUGGUUAAAUUUAAUUUUCUCUGGGAGCACGAUCUCACAAAGAAUACUCUUCAAGUCUUUGUCUCCAUAUGGAAUCAUUGAAACUGGUAUUUAUCAUAACCACUACUUAUGAGCCUGGGUUUGGGAUUUUGUGCAUGUUGAUCAGUCUAGUGUUGGUAGCAUGACCAAAAGUGGGAGAAUCGCUACAGUUUGUCGCCUUGAAACCUGUUCUAAGAGGUUUUGUUGGGAGGAGACUUUUUUUUUUUUUUUCCAAACCAGCAAAUCUACCAAGUGAACUUGAUCCACUUUAACCUUGUUAUAAAUUUAGUAAAAUCCCUCAACUUAACAACUUUACGUGGCUUGGCAAAAUUCACCAUGCUAUUACGCAGCUCUGAAUUUACCCAAAUUUCUUUUACAACCUAUUAAAUCAAAAAACAAAAUACAAUGAAACUUGCUUAAAUGCUCUAUCUGGAAUGGGAACAGGGCAUCCUUUAUUUAUUAUCUCAUCAGAUGAGUGAGCUUUUCACAAAUACUUUAUGUAAAAAAUAAAAUUCAGCUUUUAUUUUUUGUAAGGGUAUUUAUAGAAAUCCAAAGAAGAGCUUCAAAGUAAUUUUUAACAGAAAAAAAUGUGGUAUAAUUAAUCAUAUUAACUAAAUUCGGGAUAUAUCUAAGGGAGUUUCUCUUACCAUCAAUAGAUUUUGCAGUGAUACUUAUUUUUAAAGAAAUUACUAUUUCUUUAUAUUUGGGGGGGGGAAGAACUUAAAUUUUUUCAAGAACUGUAUUGUAAGAUAAGUAUGCUUAUAAAUUUUCUGUCCCUUGAGUUUAUGUCACAGUGCAAGACACGUUUUCUUCUUUACAUUUAAUACAAACAGCUUCCACUGACAAUAAAAGUUGGGAGCAGUGUAACUAGUCUAAUAUUUACUCUGAAUUUGGAGAUUUCAUGAAACAGUGUUUAGGGAAGAAGCCCACCUUGGAAUUCUGAAGGCAUAUUUUCUUAUUUUGAUAGCUUUUCUGUGUAACCUUUUAGCAUGUAGUAGAUUUAAAUUGGAGAAAAGAUUUAAUAAAUUAGUAUAAUUAUUUUCUAGGGGUGAUCAUCUUAUGCCACCAAGAGUCAAACAAUCCUCACAAUUUAGGAGAUGACCCGUAAGUGGUAAAUGCCCCUUUUUCUCAGUAUAUCUAUAAAAUAAGGAUGUGGAGUCGGUGCAUUAUUUACGUUUUUAAGAGAGUUAAAUUUUAGCACACAUUUUUAAAUUAUAUCUUUUACUAUUUGAAAGAUUGAAAUUUUUAAAUGAGAAGGGUAGAUGACUAACUUGAGAAAGGGAGAGUAUUUUUUUCUCAAAAUGUGUUGGCCUUCCUCUGAAAAAUAGCACAAGUCCACUUACGAGUCCCUAAAAAGUGUGAACAACUUGAGGUAGCAAACAGCCACUGGGCGCCUGGCAGGGAACACACCCACACUUUGUUCAGAAGUGUGCAGAGUAAAGGGGCCUCCUUGGGCUCCCGGGAGCCUCUCAAGGAAGGAGAAGACCGAGCCGCCUCCCUGCCAGUGCUGGGUUUCUAGGUCUGGGCUGACUGGGGCUUAAGGGGGAUGGAGAGGUGCCAGAGCAUGGCCAGUCCUCGCCCAAAUGAAAAAUCUGAGAGGAGCAGGGGAUGGGUGUUCACCACCGCCAGCUCCCUUCCCUGUGAUGAGAGAAGACUAGCUCUUCUCACAAUGUUUCCAUUGUUUCUUUCUCUGAAUACCAAAGGCAAUUAAAGUCAGCUACAAAUGA